CAAAAUUUUGUGUUGAUCAGUAAAAAUGAUAAGAAAAAAGUUUUUAACCGCUUUGGAACUACAGGCAGAAGUAGAUAGUUGGAGUGACGAAGAUGAAUCCGGUGGAUAUGCAGAUGAAAUAAAUAUCAUUAUUGCGCCACCUGAAAAAGUGGAUGCUGUCAGUGAUACGGAAGAACUAGAUGACAAUAUUCAAAUUACCACAGAUGUCGAAAGGUUUCCUCAAGAAGUAGCCGGCAGUUUUGAAGUGGAAUAUAUAUAUAACGACGGCAAUAAAAACUUGGUGAAAAUCGCAGACGACGGUCUCAAUUUGCAGCCAUCCACAUCGAAAGCGGCACAAGAAACUCGCAAAGUGAUUGAAUCACAAAACCCAAAGUGGAGCCACCGGCAAAACUACGAGUUUGGCAAGGAACCUUUUGAUAAUACUGCAAGCUCACAUAAGGAGCUAUAUGAGAAGAUUGGAUCAAUGUCUCCACUUCAGUUGUGGAAUUGCUUCAUAGAUGAUGAGGUACUUAUGCUUGUUGUAGAUAGCACAAAUGGGUAUGCUGCACAAAAUAAAGAUCCUGAAUUUGUCACAACAAUGGACGAAGUAAAGAGUUUCCUUGGCAUUUUGUACAUUACUGGCUAUCAUACCUUGCCUAACAUACCAGCAUAUUGGUCUAAUAGGGAAUGUCUAGGUUGUGAAUAUAUAAAGAGAUCUAUGAGCCGAGACAGAUUUAAAUAAAUCAAGAAAUAUAUACACGUUUGUG